AAUUCCACGUGUCCUGCAUAAGUCGGUCCAAUACACAAUAUAAAUACACAGAUCUCCAUCCGUAUAGACACGGUGUGUAUAGUAUUAUUAGUCUUUGAGGAUAGAUGGAGAGGCCUACCAAUUCAAUGAAAAGAGGGAGAAGAGACGGAAUAGAUAACGGACGUUACAAGGGGGUGAGGAUGAGAAAAUGGGGGAAGUGGGUGGCGGCGGUCCGGCAGCCCAACAGCCGUGACAGGAUCUGGUUGGGAUCAUACGAGACGGCGGAGGAGGCCGCCAGGGCCUAUGACGCCGCCGCCUUCUGCUUACGUGGCCAGGCGGCGAUGCUCAAUUUCCCUCACUAUCCGCCGGAGAUUCCCUCUGCUUCUGAUCUCUCGCCGCCGGAGAUUCAGGCUGUUGCUUCCAGGCACGCUCGUAGAGUUCCGGCAGCAGCAGCGGCGGCGAUGCCUGCCACGGCUGAUGCGGCCAGGAGACCGACGGCGGUGGAUGAGGUGGCGACGUCAUUUUGGGAACUGUCGGAACAUUUUGGUGGUGGUGGUGGUGGUUAUUUGUGAUGAUUUUUCUAGGACGAUAAAGUAGAGGCAUUAACGACAGAACUCUUCAUCUUUUGUAAUGGGGUAGGUGUUUGUUUGGCAUCUAAUUAUUUUUAAUGAUCUUUUUUUUUUUAAAUUAUAUUUAAUUUUUUUUUUCUUUUUAUGAGAGAAAUUAUCUAGUCCACGAAGAAUCUGUUCAUGCAUUCAACCAAUGAAAUCUUAUAAUUUAUUCA